AAAUUCGCCAUCAUUUUUAAUUAUUCAACUUUCAACCCCACAGACUUUUCCCUCCACACCAAUCCCUACCACCGUCCGCCACCCAUCGCCGACCACUGCCGUCAUCAGUUUUUGAUCUUCAGAUAUUUUGGAAGCUUGACGAUAAAAUUGGUGGUGCCGACUGGUGCUGGAUUUCGAAAUAGCUCUAAACGCAAAGUCUGUGGAUAAUGGAUCCUGCAAAUUGCUACCGGAGAUACUGAAUUGCAAUCUUUUGAAUCAUUAUAAAAAGGGGGAUACACUCACACCAUAUUCAACACUAUCAAAAUAUUAUUUAUUUAUAUUUUAACACAGUCCUGAAAAAUCAAACCUUAUUCGAAACAACAUGAAUCUGACAGUCAAAGUAAACAUGUUGUUUCUAGGUUUGUUUGUCCUUGUAAAUACCAGUUUGUCCAUCGACAUUUCCAAAAAUGGUGCAAAUGUCGAAAUGUCAUCCGACUAUUGUGAGAAAGGGAAAGUGAAACAAUUUGGAGGCCUCGAUUGCUAUAUUUCAGGCCCUUCUUAUUCCAAAACUGCUAUCAUAUUGAUAACCGACGUCUUUGGAUUUGCACCUUCUCAUUCAAGGGAGAUAGCAGAUAAAGUAGCUGCUGCUGGAUAUUACACUGUGCUUCCAGAUUUCUUCCGUGGCGAUCCAUAUGUACGAGGAAAACCUUUCGCUCCUUGGAUUAAAAAGCAUGCACCUGAAAAGGGAAUUAAGGAUGCAAUUCCAAUUAUUAAAGCUUUAAAAGCAAGAGGCAUUACUAAGAUUGGAGUUGCUGGUUUUUGCUGGGGAGGCAAAGUAGCAGCAGACCUGUCAAAGCAUCCUUAUGUCGAAGCUACAGUGUUGCUACAUCCUACAUCCACUACUACAGAAGAUAUUCGAGGAGACAAGGUUCCAAUCUCAAUUCUUGGUGGCGAGUUGGAUGAUUUGUGUAAACCAGAGCUUGUCAAAGAAUUCGAAAAUAUUUUGAAAUCAAAACCUGAGGUUGAUAGUUUUGUGAAGAUAUUUCCAGGAGUUGCACAUGGCUGGACGCUAAGGUACAACAAUACCGAAUUCGCCAUAAAGAAGGCGGAAGAGUCUCACAGUGACAUGUUGCAUUGGUUUGAUAUGCAUCUAAGACAUUAAAACAAAUUCCAAAAAAAAAUUGUUUUAGAUUAUUGUAAUAUAAAUAAGUUUUUCUAGUUUGAAAUUGUAUCAAAAUUGGAAAUAUGGAGAAAUACAAUGUAAUCUUAUUUUGGUUUGACUUAUUUAAAGCCAGGAUUUCAAAUCUAUAAAUAAUAAAAAUCCUUCGGUUAUCAGUUUCAA